CCACCGAAAGCCAAAAUGCGUUUGCUAUCGAUGCUGUGCUUCUGCCUGCCGUUCUUAGUGGCCAGCGUAUCGUCUGAUCGUUCGAAUCAACCCGCGAACAACAACAGUUCGUUGCAAGCACACUCCAGACAGGAGCGAAAGGUUCUGCUAUUUCCUAUCACAACUACGUUACAGCUCAGCAUGUGUACCGCCACCGAUGGACGACUGUAUGCACCGAAGACAAAGUAUCCUGCACGAAAGUUGGGCAUUAAUCUUGGAUUCCAGCAAAACUUUAACCUACCGUUCCGGCUGCUAGAGUUCUACAAACCACCAACCUGGGCACGUGCGAUCGCUGGUAUCAUACGGGGAGAAUUUCCAUCCACCUCGGUAGUAACGGCUCGAGGCUGGAAACGAUCAGCCGAUCACCAAACGUUGGCACUCACUGCUGGGCAGUUGUACACGUACGUGGAAGAUUUUCUGCAUGUGUUUGGUUAUGAAAGGGACUGUCUGCUGAAAAGUGUUUGUGAGCUUGCACACAGCCCAUUCGAUCGUUCCGAGGAUCAGCAGGACUUUAUGACCGAGGUGGUACACUUGCUGUUGAGCCCAUCGGUACACGAAUCAUUUGCCGAGGAUGAAAUGGAACUGAAACGGGCGUACGAGAUGGCCGAACGACUCGGUGCCAGUGGCGCAAACUGUGAUCUAAUCUACGAUCGAUGCAAUCGAUCGGUGUUGAGUGACUUUUCCAACUUGCUCGACGUAUCUGAAAGCUGAUC